AUGGACCAAAUUAAUUAUAAAUUCAUAUGUACUCUCCAAAUUUGGGAUAAAAUUUUGGAAUCUGUUGACAAAGUGAAUGUAGCUCUACAGUCUAAAAUCGACAAAGCUUCUGAACUGAUCAAGGGACUAACAAGCCAGAUACAAAAUAUUCGCGAGACUGUAGACAUUGUUUUCGAAAAGGCAAAAAGAAUUUGUGAACAAUGUGACAUUGAAGACAAUUUUCCUGAAAAGCGACGAAAACGAGUAAAAAGGCACGAUUUAAGUGAAAAUUUAGACACCGGCUACGACAUUAGUCAGCAACAAAGUUUCAAAAUUCAGAUAAAUGAAGCAAUAGAUACAAUCAUUUCUGAAUUACGAUGGCGAUUCGAAAAACUACGCGACAUACAAAAAACUCUUUCGGUUUUGACCCUUAAACACAUUACUACAUAUUCGGUUGAAGAACUAAAAAAACGUGCAGCUGAUUUGAGUAUUAAAUAUUCUGCAGAUAUAAAUAGCACAGAGUUUUGGUCCGAAAUAGAAACUUUGAAGAGUCAAGUUGAAGCGACUACAUUAUUUGAUAAAUGUGAAUGUCAGUCAAGUAUGGGUCUUCUCAAAGCUAUAGUAGAACUGGAUUUAAAGGCAAUGUUUCCCAAUGUAGUAGUCGCUAUAAAGAUAUUUUUAACGAUGCCAGUGACUGUAGCUUCUUGCGAGAGAUCAUUCAGUAAGCUCAAAUUAAUAAAAACGUACCUGCGCUCGACGAUGGGUCAAGAAAGAUUGUCUGGCCUAGCGAUUUUAUCGAUUGAACGCGACAUAGCACGGCUCCUGUCAUAUGAAAAUGUAAUCAAGGACUUCGCAAUGAGAAAAGCGCGGAAAGUAAAUCUUUAA